UCUCUGUGAUGCUGGAGACUCGCUGCCACUUGCUCUAGCAUUAGGGGCAAACUCGGUCGAGGGAUACAUCAGAAUAUUCCAAUCCUCUAGAAGAUGACUGAUACGUGGAAGCAGCCUUUCAUUGAAAUACAGAAGGUGUAUUACAUAGCUCUCUGUUCUCUCGGGAUUCCAGGGAACCUGUUUGCGAUCUACAUCAUCUGUUGCCGAGCAUGCGGUCUAUCCAAGACCACCACCAUCUACCUGGUGGCUCUGGCUGUGUCUGACACCCUCUGCCUGGUGUGGGCUGGCAUCCUCAACCUGACCAAGCUGUGGCAGGCUCCGGACAGCAGCUGGGUCUACACCCGCUGGUGGUGUGCAUCUAUUGUGCUGGAGUACGCCACCAUUCUCCUCUCUGUGUGGAUCACCACUGCCUUCACCAUCGAGAGAUACCUGGUGCUGUUUAACAAGAGACUGCAGCUUCAGGUGGCCAAGCCCAGGAACACUCUGUGGGCACUUGUACUGACUGUCAUCCUCUCCCUUGCCUUGACAGCCCUGGCCUUCAUGAUGAAUGUAUUUGCCAGGCACUCCCUGGCUGCCACUGUUUGGGUUUCGAGGAACUUCAGCAGCGACCAGCGCAGGGAAUGUGGUCCCUUCAAUCGCACACGGAACCCGGCUACAAUCUGGCUACACACGGUUAUAUCUGGUGGCAUUCCCUACCUCCUAAUCCUGGUGUUCAGCACCCUGAUAGCCUACAGGCUCCACAAGGGAACCAAGAUCCAUUCAGAAUCUGACAACGCUGCCUUCAAGACCACCAGGAUCAGAAUCAGGAGGUCCGCCCACAUCAUGCUGGUGGUCUCCUUUGCUGCCGUGGCCCUGGGUUUGCCCAGGUUUGUCUCCGAGUGCCUCCCCAGCAGCUUAGACAGGCUGAAUUAUUUUGACUACAGUGUGGUGAGCAGCGUGGUCCCUGACAUUCUCUUCAUGCUACAGUGGUUCAACUCAGCCAUCAACUUCUGGCUCUUCUGCUCAGCCUCGUCUGCCUUCCGCCAAGAGUGUUGGACCAUCCUCACCUUCACCAACUGCAGGAGGAAGCCCCCUGUCCGUGUGGCCACUCUGCCCAUCAACACCCUGAAGACCGUGUACCGUCUAACCCAACUCAAGACCCAAACCCCACUUCAGCCGCAGAAGAACUGAGGCCAGUUCACCACCGGCCCACCGAGUCCAGACCGCCCAGCGAUGGCCCAUUCACACGAGUUCCACGAUAUCCCACAUUCACAUCCACUCCCUACACAACUCACAGAGGGGCGAUUAACCCGUGACUCUGGUGCCGACGACUCACCGUCACCGUCGCGGAGCUGGCCGAGUCCGGAGCGGGUGGAGCGGUGGUGGAGCGCUGCUGCUGCUGCUGCUGCUGCGGCCCGACCUCCGGAGAUUCGGAGGCUGCAACUGCGGGUCUGGUGGACGGCGGCACCGGGAGCCCGCGGGUCCCUGGAGGGAGACCGCUUUUCAGGGCUCUCGCAACGGCGACUCCUCCCGCCCGAGUUGCGGGGUCGAAGAGCCCCUGGAGCGGGGCCUUACAUCACCGCCCCGCGCGGCUUGGAAUGGCCGCGGGACUCUGCGAGCGCACGCCGGGGGCUUUAACACCUAGACCCGGUGUGCGACCUCGCACCACCCGCCGUGGCUUUAAUGGCCGCGGGACAAUCGCCAUCGCCAGCCGGGGGCUUUGACUUUGACUCUGACAUCGGGGAGUGGGGGAGUGCAGUGGAGAGAUGUUUUUUUGGCCUUCCAUCACAGCAAUGUGAUGGAUGUUUAUGUAAAUUAUGUUGUGUCUUGGGUCUAUUUGUUUGUAAUGUAUGGCUGCAGAAACGGCAUUUCGUUUGGACCUCAAGGGGUCCAAAUGACAAUUAAAUGUAAUCUUGAAUCUUGAACCUACAAACCUGCAAGUCUUUGGGAUGUGGGAGGAAACCGGAGCACCCGGAGGAAACCCACGUGGUCACAGGGAGAACAUGCAAACUCCGCCCAGACAGCACCCUUGGUCAGGAUCAAAUCAUUUUGGGUCGAGAC